UCCCGCUGCCGCCUGUGUCUGUGCGCGUUUGUUUGGAGCAGCAGUCGGCCGGAGAGACUAUUUGGAUCCGGAGACAUGGGCGCACGCUCGUUACCGUUUUUAUUUUAAUUAUACAUAUACACAUUUUAUUUUUUAAUCUUGUCGGAUCUUACUUUGCAACAACACAUUCCCCUUCCCCGGGACUUCUCGUAUGUUUCCUCUCAUGUGUGGUCGCGUUUCCACCUUCGGACCAUGCUUUUUUAUUGCAGCCUUUGUUUGAUGUGAGAGUUGAUUAAGAUCUCCGCUGCCCGCUCCAGCACCGAGGAGAGGCUAAUUUGGGCUGUAGCCUAAACUUUUUUCCCCCCCACACAUCUCCGGAGCAGGGAUGUCUUCGGCUCGGGUGGAUUACAUUGCGCCCUGGUGGACUUACUGGCUUCACAAUUUCCCUCAUAUCAGCCUGAGGUUCCAACCCACUGACAACAGCUUCCAGCCUGAAGAUGAGAACUACCAGCAGUCUCUCAUAUUCCUGGGCUGCGUGGCGGCUGCAGGGCUCGGCCUCAACCUUCUGUGCCUGGCCAUCUACCUGAGCUGUUUGUGCUGCUGCCGUAAGGACGAGGAGGAAGAAAGCAAGAAGCCCAACUCCUGCUGUGUCACUUGGUCGGCCGUCGCCGCCGGCCUCAUCACAUGCAUCGCAGUGGGUGUAGGUUUCUACGGCAACAGUGAGACCAAUGACGGCGUGUACCAGUUGACCUACUCUCUGUACAACGCCAAUCACACAGUGGGUGGUGUGGACAGUCUGGUGACCGGCACCAUGUCCAACAUGAGGAGCGGCCUGCACCAGCACCUCGCAAGGCUGGACGAGAUCUUCGCCACGCGGGGCGACUACGUGCAGACCCUGCAGUUCAUGCAGCAGAUGGCGGACAACGUGAUCAAGCAGCUGCUUGGCCUGCCCGACUGGGAGGAGGCCAAAAUGGACCUGGCGUUGUUCGCCGAUCAGACGGCCACCGUGGAGUACUACAGGUGGCUCUCCUACCUGCUGCUCCUCAUCCUGGACCUGAUCAUCUGCCUGCUGGCCUGUCUGGGGCUGGCUAAGCAGUCCCGCUGGCUGCUCACCACGAUGAUGGUGUUCGGAGUGCUGACGCUGAUCCUCAGCUGGACUUCUCUGGGGGUUGACCUCGCCACCGCUGUGGGCACAAGUGAUUUCUGCGUGUCCCCUGACAAGUAUAUCAUGAGCCAGACAAAGGGGAUCGUCGGUGCGGAUAUCGUCCAUUACUACCUUUAUUGCAACCAGACUCUCUCCAACCCCUUCCAGCAGCCUCUAACCAUCUUCCAGAGGUCUCUGACCACCAUGCAGAUCCAGAUCCAGGGCCUCUUGCAGUUUGCUGUGCCUCUUUUUCCCACGGCCGAGAGAGAUCUAGUGGGUAUCCAGCAUUUGCUCAACUCCUCGGAGGCCAGCCUGCACCAGCUGACCGCCCUGCUGGACUGCAGAGGACUCAACAAGGACUACCUGGACGCCAUGGUCGGGGUGUGCUAUGACGGCGUGGAGGGUGUGAUGUACCUCUGCCUUUUCUCCAUCCUGGCCGCCUGUGCCUUCACUGUCAUGUUAUGUGCCAUUCCCAGGGCAUGGAGACAAAUCGCCUGCAGGGAGCAAGAUUACGACGACAUCGACGAGGAGGACCCGUUCAACCCGAGAGCGAGGAGGCCGGGGUCUCAGAACCCCAACCACACCAACAUGCACAGCUUCUGCAGCUACAGCAGCAGCAUGGGCAGCCAGAGCAGCCUGCAGCCGCCCGCCCCGGCCGUCUCCAACGCCCCCAUGUCUGAGUACAUGGGUCAGGCAGCUCUUUUCGGGGGAAAUCCGAGGUACGAGAACGUGCCUCUGAUAGGACGAGGCUCUCCACCCCCAUCGAUAUACUCUCAGCAGUAUAGAAAUCGAUACUCCCCCAGUAUGAGGGCCACCUAUCUGUCCAUGACCGAGGAACAGAGCAGACACUUUGGAAACGACUUCCGAGCAUAGACUUCUUUAUUCGCCCGGAGGAGGAGGAGGAGGAGGAGGAGGAGGAAAACGGCGCCACCCGCCCCUCGAGAGGACAGGGGGCGGUUUCUGAGCGUCGCAGCGGACGGUGUGCUACAUCUCGUUAGUUCAGGACCACAGCCGGCGCAGACCAAUGAAACCAUAUCCACUUUUGUCCUCUCCGUGUUUUAAAUGACAUUUCUGUCCGAAACCACGCUAAAUUUAACUUGCUCCUAAUCGGUCGGGCUCCUUUCUCACCCGACGUUGAACUUUGAAACGGAUUGAACCCAUUUAGCUUUUGAAAUGGAAAUGCGUGUUACUUUUAACAUUCAGGUCUCCAAAGAGGAAAAUGUGAACACAAUGUAAGCGUGCCAUAUUGUUUUAUCUGUGUAUUAUGCUUCAUGCUCGGUAUAUGUGAAGCACAAGCCCAGCACUGGUGGCACACAGCAGGAGGUAAUCGUGAGGUAUAAUUUAUUUGCAUACUCACACAGACACACAUGGAAAGAGUGAAGCUUUGUUUCUAACUCUCUGGAGAGAAGACUACCUUUAGACCACGGCUUUUGUAAAUAAAUUGUACAAUAACAGACUGUUGUCUUAGUCUGAUUUUAUUUUGUUUAAACAGUGUGCCAUUUUUUUAUAUAUAUAUUUUCUAGUUUUGUGUGACAGCAUCGCACAGGAUCACUUUGUUUUGUAUUUUCUUAAAAGCCCAUUAAUCCAAAUUCUCCGUGUCUCUAAUCCAGCAAAUAACAAAAGUUUCUAUCAUGAUGAUGUGGGAAGCUGUGCUGCUUUAACUAAUGAGAAUAUUCAGGUAAUUAUUUUCAUCACAUCAAACUAUCCAAACAGUUCCUGUUUGUAUUGACUAACAACGAUUUAUUUUCUGUAGGUUUUAAUACAUGCAGUGGCAUUUGUUAAUGCUUUUCUUUCUUUUUUUUUGUUUCUUUAAGCAUGUUACACUGUACAGGCACUGAGGGUGGUGCUUAAUUUUGUGUGCGACCCCAAAUGUGAGGGGCUAACUGUGAGUUGAAUAAACAACCUUUGAGUACAA